CGAGCUGUCUGCGACUGCCGAGAUUCAGCUAGCGAUCACCUCCAGUUCCGAAAAGACGACCUUAUAGUGGUUAUUGAUCGGACGCCUUCAAGCUAUCCAGACGGGUACUAUUGGUUUGGCUCAUUACGAAACGGGCGAACAGGCCUAUUUCGACCUACAGAUACAGUUGCUCAUCUAGAUUUGGCACCAACGUCGGUAUCACCCCCACUAAAUCGAACAAACGGUUUACCACCAGCGCGAGCAGCACAUCAUUCGCCUUCUUUAUCACAGGAUAAAGAACGAGAGCGAGAAAAGCGGAAAGCGUUGAUCUCAGAACCAGUAGGAGAAGUUCGGCAUACCUGUCACGUUGGGAUCGACGGAACUGCUUUUGGUUUGCUUCAGGUACAGAUGAGCACUUCAUUUACGAAGCUCUAUGACUCCAAUAUAUUUUUUUUUAAUUCAUGCCUUGCUUGA